AUGUCAUGGACAUUACUGACAUCACGGCUUCAACAUGUGGAGUUCAUCUUCAUUCUCAGGAUAGGAUCUAACGGCAUUGGCCAAGGCAUAAUAAAACUGCUUGCCAAAACCCGAUAUCCACAACGAUUAUACAUCUGCGCUACAUCUCGCAGCGGCCUAGACCUCAAAAUUCAACCAUUGCCUCCAAACGAGAUCCGAUACGUCGAACUCAACAUCUCAGACACAUCCUCCAUCAGAACAUUCAUCAGCAACACUCUACAGAAAGACAGCAAAAUCGACGUCUUAAUCAACAACAACGGGGAGACACCCGAGCUAACCGAACGAACGGUUAAUAUCAAUUACUAUGGCACAAAAGAAAUGUGCCAGCUCUUCCUCACCCAAGGAGAAAUGAACAAAACGCCGAAUUCGCGCAUAGUAAACGUCAACAGCACUGCCUCUUCCCUUUCAAACAACACUUCCCCCAUACAAUCGCGUUUCCCCUCUGUAAAGUCAGUUUCAGUCAUCGAUGCCUUAGCUCAAGAAUACAUUUACGCCGUAAAGUCGCAAAAGCAGGAGGAAGCUGGCUUUGGGGCACCGCCGAAAUCAUACCAAGUUAGUAAAGCAUUUACAAAUGCGUUGACAUUAGUGUUGGCGAGAGACAAUGAGGGUGUGGCAGUGAAUUGCUGUUGUCCUGGGUGGGUAGAUAGCGAUAUGGGAAAUCAGAUUGGGAAGCCGCCGAAGACAUUGGAGGAGGGCGCAAGGAUACCUGUUAGACUUGGGAUAGGCGAUUCAGGGGAGGGCGGUAACAAAGACGGAGGCCUGGAUAGCGAUAGCAAGGAGAAGGUUAGCGGAAGGUAUUUCGGAAAUGACGGUGUGAGAGAUAAAGGGUGGAGGGAGAGCAAGGCAGCGGUAAUUAUAUCUCAAUAA